UACGUUAUAGAUCACCAUCAGAGUUGUCUGACACUCCAACAAUGGCUAAUUCCAAUGUGUUGACACUCAUCAGUUUCCUCCAUAUCUUUCUCUGGAGAUUGAAUUUCUCGGAGGCUCAGUUGGUCCCGGCCGUAUUUAUAUUUGGAGAUUCUAUAGCAGACGUGGGCAACAACAACUACCUGAAGAAUACAAUUGCCAAAGCAAAUUUCAACCCCAACGGAAUCGACUUUCCUGGCAUGAAACCUACCGGGAGGUUUUGCAACGGCAAGAAUAUUGCAGACUUCAUUGCUGAGAGAGCGGGGUUGCCUUCUUCACCACCAUAUCUCUCCUUGGUAUCCAGGCUUGGCAAGAUCAACAACGCGACGUCGUUGCUAACUGGUGCAAACUUCGCCUCCGCAGCUGCUGGAAUCCUUAACAGUACAGGAACAAUUUUUGGAGAGGUAAUACCUUUGUCGACACAAAUAGACUAUUUUGCAACGGUAUCUGAAGAGUUGAAGCAACAGUUACGACCUUCUGCUGCGCAGAAGUUUUUUGCUAAAUCUAUCAUUGUGAUUGAGACUGGAAACAACGAUGUCAUCUUUUCCGCGCUUCUUCCUGAUCCCAGCGGCAAGAACAACACCCCACAGCAGCUCGUGGAUUUGGCACUUGUUAAACUAGAAGAACAAUUAAGGCGUCUAUACGAUUACGGUGCACGUAAGUUUGCGGUUAUGGGGGCCUCUGCAGUCGGGUGUUGCCCGUUUCUGAGGGCUUGGGACAAAGGAGGAGAAUGCAAUGAAGUAUUGAACUCCCUGAGUAUAACGUACAAUAAAGGCGUUGAGCCGAUGUUGCGGAAAUUGAAAUCAGAAAUCAAGGAUAUGAGCUACACUUACUGCGAUUCGUACGGUGCCUUGCAAAACUUAAUCCAGAACGCAAAACUUUAUGGAUUUGAUGAGAUUAAAGCUGCAUGUUGUGGACAAGGGAACUAUCGUGGUAAACUUACUUGCUUCGAAACUUCGCCCCAUUGCUCCAACAGAAACGACUACCUCUUCUGGGACCCAUUCCAUCCUACAGAGGCCGCUCAGCGCAUCCUUAUAGACAUCAUUUUUGACGGUCCUUCAAAAUACACAUUUCCAUUGAGUGUGAGGCAGCUAAUUGCUUUGUAGACUCGAUCGGAUUCGGCAUUACACAGCUAGCGUCCGUGAAGUGCCGCCUUCAUAAUGCCAGGAGGAGGCCUAAAUAACCACAGUAGCAGCACAAAAAUUUGUUAUUUUACUGUUGUUUCUGUGCCUAUAUAUUAAUAGGAAAAUGUCACAUGGCCUCGUGAGUUUGUCUUUCAAUCUUAUUGCUCAUGUAUUUUAUUUUAUUUUUAAUUUUAA